AUGGCGGCUCUAUGGGAAUUGCCGGUGAUCCGCUCCACCACCGACUGCAAGCUAUUGGACCACUGCGUCACCACCACCAACCCCUCCGACGACACCACGUCGACAUCCUCUUCCUCGGAGUGGGAGCUGUUCGGAAGUUUCGACUUUUAUGUCACGAGAAAGCGCCGGCUUGUUGUUCAAGACCACUGCGGUGACGAGAUCGAUGUUCAAGAAUUCUACGACGGCCAGCCGCGCUUCCACCAGCUUCCCGGUCUCCCUGUCUCACUCAUCCGCAUCCCCCACGUCCUGGAGUCAUUCCUAUGCUGUCAUCUCGCUGACCUCGGCGUCGACCCAGUGUCCAGGCAACGUAUCGCUGGGGCCAUCCUCUCCGAUGUCAACGACGCAGUCGUCCAGGGGCACAUGAGGAAGUUCCUCGCCUCGGCGGAUCUAGAGAUCACUGCCAUCGAGGUGGUUCGGGCUGAACCCGAUGAUGACAGCGGCUGGGUGCAGGCCCUGCCCUACGAAGGGCCACGCGGGGCCUCGAGCGCGGCCAUCAUGAAGUUGAAUGCGGCGAGCUUUGUUUCCGGGGAGAAAGCUGGUGAUACGAUUACGGGGACGAUGUGUGUAGUUUGCCUCGAAGAACUUUCGAGCGGUGGCCCCGAAUGUAAUAGGAGAAGGCUGACGGAGAUGCCCUGCCGGCACGUCUUCCACAACUCAUGCAUAGUCCGCUGGCUGGAGACCAACCGUGCCUGCCCUCUGUGCCGUCAAGAAUUGGACGAUUGA